AUGACCCAACUGGUAGGCCUCAGUGGUGGACCGACAGCUAAGACCGAUUUCGGUCGGGAGGUCGCCAGGAGCUGUAGCCGACGCUUACUAAGAACCCUCAUCAACGAAUGUCAUAUUCGCCUGGGAAAGUACGGCAGAGAAAUCGAAAGGGAGAAAGCAGCCUGUGAAUCACACCUGGAGGAUCAAACACUACACAACCUGGAGAGCUGGAUCUCGAUAAAGGUGAACGUAGAGCGAGGGAAGAAGAGGGUCCAACUCCUGAACAAAAUGCGUACCCUACAGCAGGCAGAUGCAUCUAUGUCAGAACCACCGUCCGUCCACAACUUCUCAUCCAAACAGCUGACAGACGACCAGAUUAAAGUGCUUCAGCACGAAUCUGGAUACAACACAGGUGACGCGCAGCCACUGGAUUUUAUUGCGGCAUUGGAAGCGACACUCGCAAAGACAGAUACCACAGAAGACUCCAAGAACUCCAUUUGCCAGCGAGUGUCAUCGCUCAUCAUAUCCCACAAGCCACGUCGGACCAUCUCCUCGGCCGAAUCAAAGGCCAUUAGGGAAUUAAAGAUGGACGAAGAAAUAGUCAUUGUUCCAGCGGACAAAGGACGGGCAACCGUGAUCUUGGACAGAUCAGAGUACGUCGCAAAAGCCCAGGAACUACUAGACGACAACCAGUCGUACAGAGUCGUCGACUCUGACCCCAUGAAAACACUGGUAGGCAAAAUUAACAAGGGGCUUAAAUCAGAUGAGGAGCCAAAAGGCGAUAUCUGA